GAAGGAAGGAGCAAACGGGGUGGGAGGGCAGCAAGCAGGCUUCGCGCCCGCCUUCCCAGCCAUGCAGCAACCCGGCCAGGGAGCUGGAAGAGCCACCCCAGCUGCUUCCCAAGAGUCUUAAUGCUGCAAAUUUUUAAAACAAGCAUCGCAACUUGGAUAGAAAGUGGAAGGAAGGAAGCAAAGCUAUCCCUGGAGAGGAAGGGGACGCCAGGCGGGAGCGCAUAGAAAGGCGCUCUGCUUUCCUUCCUCCGCCCCCCUGAAGUUGAAAGUGACAGCCGGUUGGAUCAUUCAACUCUCCGCAAAACAGGUUUUAAAAAAGAAUCCAGCAAGGUAAAUCGAGCUGUUGAAGAAUCAGAAAGUCUUUGCUCCCGUCAGCAAGCAACUCUGCCUGGAUUAUACUGAAGUGUAGCUAGCAUUGUUUUCACUGUGAAAGUGGAGUAGCAUCAGGUGCAAACUGAGCUCUGUCUGGAUUUUGGCUGCCUUUCUUCUGCCUCCCUUCUCUUCCCUCCGACACCUAAAGACUUCAUUUUUACCAGUGGAGAUUAAUGGAAUGAUGGUGCGGAAAAGGCAGAGAGAUCCUGCCUGGCUCCGCAGGGACUCCUUGGGUGGCAACAGCAGCAGCAGCAGCGGGGUCCCAAGAGGCAUGCGAGUGCCCCCCAGGCGCUAUGGCUAGUGGCGGCUCUGGCAAGGCCAUCAGCGAGGCAUCCACCCUGAGCAGCGGUGCGUUGCAGAGGAAGAAGCUCGUCUCCAUCUGCGAUCAUUGCAAGAUCAAAAUGCAACUGGUGGCGGAUUUGCUCCUGCUGUCCAGUGAGAGCCGGCCUGUCAACACUGAGAGCCUGUCAGCCUCUGGGGAGUCCUUUGAGAAGUGCCGGGACACUAUCAUCGCUCGGACAAAGGGCCUGUCCAUCUUGACUCAUGAUAUCCAGAGCCAGCUGAAUAUGGGGCGGUUCACCGAGGUGGGGGACAUUCUGGCAGAGAUGGGGGAUUUGGUGGUCUCCUUGACCGAAUGCUCUGCCCAUGCUGCUUACUUGGCAGCAGUGGAGACCCCGGGGGCACAGCCCGCCUUGCCUGGCUUGGUGGAUCGCUACAAGGUCACCAAGUGUAAGCAUGAGGUGGAACACGGCUGUGGGGUCUUGAAAAGCACCCCGCUGGCUGACAUGAGCCCUCAGCUGCUGCUGGAGGUGUCCCAGAACAUGUCCAAGAACUUGAAAUUCCUGACAGAUGCCUGCGUGCUGGCCAGUGAGAGAUCCAAGGACAAGUUUGCCAAGGAGCAGUUCAAGCUGAGUGUCAAGUGCAUGAGCACCAGUGCCUCAGCCCUCUUGGCUUGCGUCCGGGAGGUGAAGACUUCACCCAGCGAGCUGACGCGGAAUCGGUGCAUCUUGUUCAGUGGGCCCUUGGUGCAGUCUGUCUAUGCUCUGGUGGGCUUUGCCACUGAGCCCCAGUUUUUGGGCAAAGCGGCCACCAUCAAUCCAGAAGGCAAAGUCGUGCAGACUGCCAUUUUGGGGGGUGCUAUGAGUGUUGUUUCGGCUUGCGUCCUUCUCACCCAAUGCCUCAGGGAUAUAGCCCAACACCCCGACAGUAGCUCCAAAAUGACUGAAUACAGGGAAAGGUUGAAGAACUCUGCCUGCGCAGUCUCUGAUGGUUGCAACCUGUUGUCUCAGGCACUAAGAGAAAGAUCUUCCCCGAGGACUUUGCCGCCAGUGAACAGCAAUUCUGUGAAUUAAUAUUUUUCAAUUUGCAUACAACGGUCACUACUAAUGAAAAUAUACCCAGGUCUCCUCUCCCAGCAAUGGUUUUGUAGAUACCAAAGAAUUUGUGUGAGCCCAAACCUUUGAUUUCUCAAAAUUUUAAUUCCUUUGACAUGGUGGGGCAACAAAGCUACGCCAUUUAAUCUGUGUGGAAAUAAUCAACUUUGGCUGAUAUUUUGGGGUGGGAGGUCUUUUUUUAAAAGUAAACUUUUCUUAUUAUUUACUUAAACACCUACAACAAGUUAAAAGUUUUAUGAGGUGGGAGAGUCUUUUUAAAAAAGAGAAGCAUUAAUCGCGCUGGGUGCGGUUUAAAAAGUUUGGGGAGGGUCUCAUUUUCCUUUUUUUGUGUGUGUCUUCCAGAGUUUCUCUUCUAAAUUUUACUGUUCAGUUGUGCAGGAAGAAAAAAAAGUUACCUCAGUUUUCAUACAGUCUGAAAGAUGCAAAACUUUCAAGGAUGGAUGUAGCUACUUUUUGUUGUUCAGUUGUUUUUUGUAUGAUCCCUUUUGAAUCAAAUGUUAGGUUAGAAGUGCAUUUGCUGUGUUGUGUGGAGGAUGGUUGUAAUCUCCAAAUUGGGGGGCGGGAAAGCUACUGUGAGUGUUUUUAAAGG